UCAGUGGCCAGCCGUCGGUGAAGUUAGUAACUUGUUAACGUCUACUUAUCGCAUGUUUUGUGUAAGCAAGCGAAGAAUCACAAAAUUUGUUUAUCGCAUACCAACAGACGAAAAAUAAUAAGCAAACAAAGCGUUACAAACGAAAAAGUGGAGGAAGGGAAAAUGUUUGUGUGAAUUUCGCAGCCUUUUGGUUUUAAUAUUAUAUAAGUUAAAGCUUUUGAGUUAUGCAAAGCAGCUAAACCAGGCAAUUUGGCGUGUAAGCUGAAAAAUAGACCAAAUCGAAGAUAUACAAAAAUGAGUUCAAGGGCUAACCAGUUUCAAUGUGUUGACAAAUUUUAAUAACGCGAUAAAACAAACCAUAGAAAAGAAAAAAACUACGGGUCUUACAAAAUGUCAGAUACUCAAAACAAUAAUGUCCUGCCCAGUGUUGGUAGAGAAAUUAACGAUAAUUUCUUGGAUUCAAACCCAUCUAAUAAUAAAAAACAUAAUAACAACAACGUUUGUAGUUUAAAUAAAAAAUCUACAACGAGUAUUUGUAGCAAUGAUGAAGUCAUCGAGGAUGGAUUCGACUAUAGCGAAACCGACCUGUUAAACGAGUUGAAUGCUAGCGACGAAAAUGACAGCGUCGACGCCGAAGUCGACGCUAACGUCGGUGAAAAAAAAGAGAACUGUCAAAAAAAUUGCAAUGAACUAAUAUCAGUCGUACACGUAACUGAGAAGGAGAAGAGAGAAGGAGAGGAAACAAAGAAUACCGGUACAACUUAUUUUAUUGAUAUUGUAGACGAUACACAUUCUCAUGAUGUCGCAACAGUGUCGACCGUUGCUGCCAGCGUCGACAGUGAUUGUAAGCCAAUUGCGGCUACUGAUAAUGCGACAACCGCUGCAAGUGAUAAGCAUGAAGGCACACCGACUAACUUAGAUUUGCGGAGCACGGAGGAGGCGAAUUUAAUAGUAGGUGAAGUUGACUCAUAUUGUACUAUUACACCACGACGAAUAGUUGAUGUAGAUGCUGAGGCCAACCAAGUAUUGAGACGCAGUUCAUCGACACACGCGGAAAGCAAUAGUGGUGCUGCUGGUAUUGGUGUUGGCGACAACAACUCUCAAAAUGAUGAAGGUUAUUAUUAUGCUGAUGAGCCUGAAGAUGAAUUGAUUGUUCAGUUCCUGGGAGAAGCCAAUCGUAUUGCUGAGGCCCGUUUGGCUGCUCGCCGACAAGCACGCGCUGAGGCACGGGAAAUACGAAUGCGAGAAUUGGAACGGCAACAAAAGGAACAGGAGCAGAAUGCGGACCGGGUAUUCGACAUGCACAAUGUAUCCGGCAUCGAUCCAUUGUCGCGAUCACGACUUGCCACCGGGGUAGGAAGCUCGCCUUUGGGUGCGGUGCUUAACAGCACACGCGCUAGCUCAAUGUCUUCACGGCGCAGCAGUGAGGAUUCAUUAGAAGAGGAAGGACGAAGCCUGCGAGAUAUACGACACGAACUCAAGGAUGUUGAAGAGAGAUUUCGAAAAGCAAUGAUAGCCAAUGCUCAGUUGGAUAAUGAACGUGCCUCACAAACGUAUCAAAUACAACUGUUGAAAGAUAAGUUGGAGGAAGUGGAAGAAACAUAUGCGCAACUUCAGCGGGAAUUCAAGGAGAAGUCCCGAGAUUGUAAUGCGUUGAAGAGAAAUUUGGAUAAGUUAAGUGAAGAGCUUAAACUGGUGCAAGGCCAACUCACUGAACGGGAUAAACUUAUCGCGGAUCAGGGUUUAGUUAUUGUGGCCAUAGAGAAUGAAGAUGGUACCGAUGCAAAACGUGCUCUAGUCAGUGUAGAGAAUGCUCAGCUGUUAGGUUCCGUGCAAGGUUCAUUGGAUGUGCGACUGAAAAAAUUCAGCGAGGAAAAACAGCAGCUUUCGGCGGAAGUGCAGCAACUGCAGGAAACAUUAGAGAACUACAAGAGUCAAGGCAAGGGUCGGUCAAAUUCGCUGAACGGACCAUCUGGGUCCGAUGAAGACUACGAAGCACAAAGGGAGGCGAAUAAAAUAAUAUCAGAUUAUAAGUAUAAACUGCAGAAGGCUGAACAGGAAAUCGCCAGCUUACAGGCUAGUUUAGCUCGUUCAGAAACACAAGUCAUACGCUAUAAAAGCACAGCUGAAGCGGCUGAAAAAGCAGAAACUGAACUUAAAAUAGAGCGGAGAAAACUGCAAAGAGAGAAUCGUGAGGCCAUGGAACGUCUGGAGGAGCUGGAAACUUCAAAUAAUCACCUGCUGAAGCGGCUAGAUAAACUAAAGAAUGCUAAAAGCGCUUUACUCAAAGACCUUUGACCAAAGUCUAUACAUGCAACCGCGAUCAGAAACAAUUAUAGCAGAGAUAAAUGCAAGCAUAAUGGCGAAACCCCAAUUGGAUGCGAAAAUUGUGAACAAUGAAAAAGCAUAAAUAGGCUCACAUAGUGGCAUCAAAGCAUUGACAACAACACGUUGAACCUUCUUCAGGAAAAACAAAAUCUGAGUAAUGAAGUGAGAGUGCUAAUGGCACAUUACUAGCUUAAUUGUUGCCAUUUGACAUUCCAGCAUGAAUAGUCAGAAAUUUCGUGUCGCCUAAAAUUACCAGCAUAAUCAGUUUAAUAUUUAUUAACAUACAUACAUAUAUAAAUAAUAAAUACAUAUAUAAGGGCAGAAAGCAUAAAAAAACAUAUUCACAAUAUGUACACACAUACGUAUGUACAUAUAUGUAAAUACAGUGCAUAUAUUAAGAGCAUACUGUCAGUAGUUAAUAGAUAAUAACCCAACUAAAAUAUCAAAAAUGUUUAAGUUUGCAAAAAUUUAAUACUAA